GGUCCACCAAUCUACCGAAUUCGUGAUCGGGCUCGUCGACGAAGAUAGUACAGCAUACGAAGUACGUACCACUACUACCCAACUAUUACUCACUAGUACUUUCAUGCAAAACGGUCGGAAUGUUCAAGGUUUGUUUUAAUUUUCAUUCUUAUUUACAUUACAUGAUGCAGGUAUAGACCUCCUGGGGUUCAGAGAGCGACAGGGCUCAGACAUGGGCUCGGAUAUCCUCACAGAACGCGCUUGGGGCUCUCCCUCAACUUCUGAUCCAUCGUCGACGCGCACUACGAAUGCAUCAGAUGCAACAUUGCCUGACCCAACUCCGAUCAUUCCAUACUGUCCUCGUUCAUCUUCGGCACGUCUCUUUCCAUGGCGGGGAAGUGCACCCGGAAAGCUCAAGACCGCAAAUGCGGCUCUCGUCCUCUGUCUGAACAUCGACACUAAUCCCUGCGCAGCGCUCGAGUGCUGGGCUCUCGAAGCCAUCGGCUCUAACCUUCAGCACCAGUUUGAGGGUCUGAGUCUCAAGAUCCCUUACAAACCCAUCCUUGAUCCCUCCUACGAGGACCUCCGUCGUUUCUCCAAAGACGAAACACCCACCCCCAGCGGGGAGCUUUGGUGUUUCAACCGGAACUACACCCAAUACAUUCCCACUUGGCUCGGCAGCCCAGGUGUAUAUAUCUGGGAUUGCAGUGCUGCCGGGCACUUGCUCUCCAACUUCAUAACCUUCGCUGAGCGUCGGGAUCAGGAUGCGUUCACCACCCGUGGGGGUUACGCGGACGGAAUGCAGCCGUACAUUAACUCCCUUCAACUCGCCGCAUGUGCUACCCAUGAGCAACUUCCGACAUGUCCGGAGCUGCCCGCAGACGUUUUCACGUCAUGUCUGACUUCCCCUAUUGACAUCGCGCUGCGAUACUUCAUCAUGACCCAUCAUCUCCCAAAUAACAUCACACCCGACAUGGUCAUGCAGCUACCGGGAGACCUCAAGGACCGCCGGACACCUCUCGGGGAGCUCAACUGGAUUUUCACCGCCAUAACAGAUACCAUCGCGUGGACUACAUUCCCUCGGGACGUGUUCACGCGGCUGUACCGCUCUGACCUCCUCAUUGCAAGUCUCUUCCGAAAUUUCUUGCUCGCAGAGCGCAUCAUGAAGAACUACCACUGCACCCCACACACACACCCUCCACUUCCAGCCACGAAUACUCACCAACUCUGGGCAGCGUGGGAUCUAGCCCUGGACACAUGUCUACGCCAACUGCCUGAACUGCUCGCGAAGGCUCCAGGCGCGCCCAGCAGUCCCCCAAGUCCCAUUAUCGGCACGGGCACGCGCUCGGGACACAUCAGUCAGCGUGGGUCUUCUGGUGCUCCGAACACCGAGAAACCCUACCAGUAUAUCCCGAGCCGCUUCUUUACCGACCAGCUCACUGCGUUCGAGGUGUGGAUUUCACGCGGUGGUUCUGCACUAACAAAGCGGGGUCCUUUGUCACUACCUCUUCAGAACGGUGGGGAUCGCUGUGACACGCCUGACGUUGUAAACGGAACCACUUCCCCUGAUGCUGAUCUCGUCCCGCGUAAACCCCCCGAUCAGCUCCCCAUCGUCCUGCAAGUGCUGCUCUCGCAGCCCCAUAGACUCCGGGCCCUGAUUCUCCUCUCCCAAUUUGUGGACCUCGGACCCUGGGCCGUCAACCUUGUACUCACUAUUGGAAUCUUCCCAUAUAUCUCCAAGCUACUGCAAGCUGCAGGCCAGGACCUGCGCCCGGUGUUGAUCUUCAUAUGGGCACGCAUCCUCGCAGUAGAUCCCAGUGUUCAAGUUGACCUAUACAACACCGGAGGAUUCAAGUACUUUGCGAAUGUGCUAGCGACGCAGGAAGACAACGAACUGCCCAACAGCAGCGAGCACAAGGCCAUGUGCGCAUUCAUUCUCAGUGCCGUUGCAAGAGAUUUCUAUAAUGGCCAGAUGGCAUGUUGGCGCGAAAGGGUAUUCGACGCUUGCUCCGAGCGUCUGGAAGAGGGCGACUUUUUGCUGAGGCAGUGGAGUGCGCUAUGUAUUGCGCAAAUAUGGGACUCCAAUGAUGAGGUCAAAGUAUAUGGUGUCGAUCGUGGGAUUCAAGACAAGCUCAUCCUCAUGCUGUCUGACGACUCGCCUGAAGUUAGAAGCGCAGUCCUAUAUGCACUUUCGACUUUCAUGGGUGCGGCUGGGGGCAAAGGUCAGGGUGGCGCUGGGACUGGGACUCAGUAUCAGCUCGAAGAGCGCAUACACUUCAGGAUGGAAGUGGCUGUUGCAACUGGAGCCACUCUUGCUGUAAGGGAUGAUGCAAGCCCGAUGGUGCGCAAGGAGCUACUCGUGCUUAUAAGCUGCCUCGUGCGCGAAUGGCGCGGGCACUUUGUCGUUUGCGCGUGGAUGUACUGGGAAGAGGACCGGCGAUGGCGCGCAGGCGAACCACAUACCCACCAUCACCAUGCGGAAGAGGAGGUCACAGCUCAGGCGCUCGCUGAAUGGCUGGACGGAUUUGGCGAUGACGAAGGUGCGAGGGAAGAAAACCGAGUGUUGCUCUCAAGCUUUUUUACAAUUUUCGUGGUGCUCAUGGAGUUGACAAUUGACCCAUACCACGAGGUCGCGACACUCGCGCAGACAGUAAUGGACUACAUUUUUGCGCUGCUCCUCGCAUCACCAUUUGCGAAACUUAACCUCGUUCCCCCACUACCCGUCGAUCACAAACCCGCUGGUGCAAACGGCACGCACUCGCGCGUGAGCUCGGCACAAGGCUCACCGCUGAUGCAACACCCACCCUCACCGUCAUUGUCCCGUCCAUCAAAUACACUACGGCGCACCGAUGAGGCACGCGCCCCGCCAAGCCCUGUACCAUCCUCACUCUCCCGUUCUGACAUCCUCGUUGCAUCCCGUCCCCCAUCACCCAACUUCAACAUCGCACAGUAUGCCUCACCCUAUUCACGCCCGCCAACGCCGUCGCGGGAUAAAGAAAGAGACUUGGCUUCGCCUCCGGUGUCACCAACUGCAGGGACUGCGACCUUCCUACCUUCACAUGUGAUGGAAGCACUUGUUGAGGAGGAUAUGGUGCGUUUGCGGGCACGACGUCGGGAAGGAGCGCAUGGACGACGUCCUGCAGGCUCAGGACACGGUCAUGCAGGUUGUAGUGCCAAUGGUGGCCUGAACAGUCCAUGCGAGAGCACGUUCUCUAUGGAUUCGAAUGUCAGCAAUGUACCGCUUGGCUGUGGGACCGGUAACGGACUGCGUGAUGUAUUACCCCUGAAAAGCUCGUUCUUUGCUUGGUGUUGUGAAUACUUUACGGAGCCGCAGAUGCGGCAAACGGAGGCGGACGAGCCAGGAAGCGUGCAGUACAAUUACCAAGUGUGGAGGCAGCAGCGUAAUGAGCAAGUCAUUACGGAGACGCAGAGACAGUCAAUAGUUGCUGAGAGCUCAAAAUGGGAUCGCCCUGUGGCCAACCUGCACGUGAACAGUCAUCCGUUGUGCAUGGCAAUGCAUGCAUACGACCCACACCUAGUUAUCGCGAAUGACAACGACAUGAUCAGUGUUUGGGAUUGGACACAACGCAAGCGCUUGAAUUACUUCUGCAAUGGUAAUCCUAAAGGCACGAGUAUUACGUCGCUGCAUGUAAUCAAUCAGGAUAUACCGACCAGUUGUGCAGCCGACGGCAUCGUGCGUCUGUACCGGAAUUACGACCCCACAAUGAACCAAGGUCCACUGCAGAUGGUCAGCUCAUUCCGUGCACUGCAUGAGUUGAUCCGUGUGCGUAGAGGUAGUGGUCUUGUACUAGAUUGGAAACAAUCUGGUGGCACGCUGCUGAUCGGGGGCGACUCUCGCAUCAUCCGUGUAUGGGAUGCCCACACGGAGACUCAGGUCCUGGAUCUCGAAACUAAUUGCGAGAGCCCUGUGACGUCUAUCACGUCAGAUCAGGGUUCGUCGUCUACGUUCAUUGUUGGCUUUGCCGAUGGUCUCGUCAAAGUUUUCGAUCGUCGAUUAGAGGAAGAGGACGCUAUUGUUAGAUCGUAUCAUGACCAUCACUCAUGGGUACAGAAUGUCAAAUACCACCCGCGCAUCAGCGGUCAGUUCUUGUCUGCAAGCCUCGCUGGUGAAGUCCGUCUGUGGGAUUUAAGAGGCUCUGAUACAGCGGCUCAAGCUUGGGACUUACACCAUGCGGGCUUGUCCGCGUUCGAUGUACAUUCACAGACGGGCGUGUUUGCCGCAACAUCUGCUCUUACUCCUGCCAACUUCAGGCACCAGCGGCUCACGGUACAUUCUAUAUCAGAUCCAUCGCCGCUCUCCACGCUGAGCCUACCGACGGGCUUGAACGCGUACCCCUCUCGACCGCCGACGCCUUAUAUCCCUAGGCAUACAUCCUUGGCGUUCCACCCAAUGGAGAUGUUGUACGCCGUUGGGCAGCCUGAUGGUUCUGUUAAAAUCACUGGAUGCAAACUCACUUAGAGAAUAUAUGUGCAUGGACUCUCGCAUCACCAUCAUCAAGUAAUAUGGUGACACUGACCUUUUUUUUCAUCAUUUUCACUGGUUUCUGUGAGCUCGCUGGAUCUACGAACGCCCAUUGUUUUUGCAACGCGCUUAUAUUUAUCAUGUGACCAGUUUUACUAACUCGUAAUCAAAUCUUUCUGAACUAUA